UCCCGGCGCGCACCGCGGCGGUGGCUGAGGCGAGGCGUGAGGCGGGGUCGGCCUGAGGCGGGGUCGGGAGGAGCCCGGUGCUUGCGGCGGUUCCUACGGCUCGUCCCGGGGUGCUGCCCGCUGAGGGAACGGCCCCAAGAUGUCGAGGAACUUCUCUGACACAGGCAGCAAAAAAGAACAUGUUAAAAUCACAAGUGAGGCCAAACCGGGGUUCCUGGAGAGGCUCAGCGAGACUUCUGGAGGCAUGUUGAUGGGACUUGUGACAUUUCUUCUGUCUUUCUACCUUCUUUUUACCAAUGAAGGACGAGCUUUGAGGACAGCCAAAUCUCUUGAUGAGGGACUUUCUCUUGUGAUUCCUCUUGAUAACAUUCACAGUGUGUCUCAGCAGAAUGAGGGGAGACUAGUGCACUUAGCUGGCGCUCUGAGCACAUCAAAGCCUUUGUUUGAUCCCAGCUAUGGGCUGACAAUCCAUGCGGUCAAGCUUAAGCGCACAGUGGAAAUGUACCAGUGGGUAGAAUAUGAAGAUUCUAGAGAGUAUGAAGAAAAUGGUGAGAUUAAGAAAGAAACAAAGUAUACAUACAAUACUGAAUGGAAAUCUGAAGUUGUGAACAGCAGGAAUUUUGAUCGAGAAAUUGGACACAAAAACCCAAGUGCCAUGGCUGUGGAGUCUUUCACUGCUGUUUCUCCUAAUGUCCAGGUUGGAAGCUUUGUCCUUUCCAAAGGUCUUGUGGAUAAGAUUGAUGACUUCAAGCAGUUGAGCUUGUCACACCUUGAGGAUCCACAUGCUGAUGUUACCCGGGGAGGAGAUUAUUUUUACCACAGCGAGAACCCUAGGCGUCCAGAAGUGGGAGACCUUCGUGUCUCAUUCUUCUAUGCAGGUCUGAGUGGAGAUGACCCCCGUUUGGGCUCAGCUGAUAAGGUGACUGUGAUUGCUCGCCAGAAAGGUGAUCAACUUGUUCCAUAUCACACCAAGUCUGGAGUUGUCCUGCAGAUUCUCUACCCUGGGGAUCUGUCUGUGGAGGAGGUGUUUCAGAAAGAGCAUGAGAGUAACACCAUGAAGACUUGGGCCCUCCGUGCAGCUGGCUGGCUGGCAAUGUUUGUAGGCAUCAACCUAAUGACCCGAAUUGUUUACACUUUGGUGGACUGGUUUCCUGUUGUGAGAGAUCUGGUUAACAUUGGAUUAAAAGCUUUUGCCUUCUGCGUAGCCAGUUCGUUGUCACUCUUGACUAUCUCCAUUGGCUGGCUCUUCUACCGUCCUCUCUGGGCUUUGCUGAUUGGAUUGCUCUCUGUAGUUCCACUCGUGGUUGCAAAAUCCCGUGUUCCACCAAAGAAGCAUCAGUAAGAAAGAAGCUUUCAGGUUCUGCACUGAAUCCUGGCUAGAAACUCUUCAAGUGCAUUUCUGUUCCGGUUACUGCAACAUGCUUACAGCACAUUGUGGUUCAGCAGUGUGCACCAGCAGCUGGGGAGGGCCAUUCAUAAAUGUAUUAUCUAUGGAAAAGAUGACUGUAGCAUGCUAUUUGUAGGAAGUCAGUGAUACUGACUUCAGGAAAAAAGCAUUUUGGAGCAUCUGUAUUCAUUAUAAGACAGAGAAAAAGCAGUUAUCUUUCACCAUUUAUUAAUUCCCCCUGAACUGGCAAAUCCUUACCAACAGGUGGGGCACUGUGUGUAUUAUGGAGAAAGUGCCAGCUUCAUCAUGUGGACUCGGAUCUGAAAUCCUUAGGAAAUACAUGUUCGUACCUAUCUCUGACAAUCCAUCCCUCUGCUGCAUUUUCUGACUUGUACAGUCAUGUAUGCUCCUUUGGCUAAUGUAUUUGGAAGUGCAUCGUUAAAGGAAAAACAACUUUUGACAAGAUAUUUCUGUAAAAGGUAUUCUUUUGGACUCAGUAUUUUUAAAGGCAUUUGAAAUCUUGAGUGUCCAGGUUAGCUAUGCUCUAAGACAGGGAAGAUUUGCUAGAAAGCAGUGAUUUUCCUCAACUUCUUUUAAAAGUCUCUGAAGCUGUUCUUGAUUAAGCACCCAAAAUGGUAGUGUUACAUAAAACUUUAAAUUGCAUUUCUUUAAGGGGAUACUCAGAAGUCACUCACCUUUAACUUUAAAAAUAAAACCUGCUGCCUUGAAACAAAACUGGUUAAUAAUCAGAUAUAUAUUCUUUAUAAUAUUUGGUGUGUUUUGCUAUACAUACUGUUUUUUUCUUGAAUUUCACUUAGCAAGGACAAUGAAAAUGCUCCAUGAAGUUGUCAUGAAAACAUUUCUGCUUGAUUAGCUUUCAUAGACUUAGUAACUUAAAUGUUGCACUAUCAUUAUGUUAUAAGAACACUUUCUUGUAGUAUUGUGAUGCUUAGUUACAACAGGAACCUAUAGUUGAGACUGUAUUCCCCAUACCAAAAGAAUUUAACUUGAAUAUACAUUGAAGCAAAUGUUCCCUAUAAAUGGUACUAAAAUAGAGAUCUGAUUUAUAAAUCACAACCAUUUUGAGAAGUAGGAAUUACCUUAUUAGUCUUAAUUAUUUUCAUUCUUCUGGUAUUUUAAGGUUGUCAAUUCAGUCUCAUGUCCCUGAAAGUGGUAGCGAGUGGAAGGUUAUAGGAAGUGCACAUAGUCUCAUGCAUGUAGCUGACAUGCAUUGGUGAUCCCAGGCAGUCUCUAUCUGCUGCCCUCUGAUUUUUGCUGCAUCAACUGAGAAAUUGCACUUUGCUGGGGAGAAAAACAAAUGCUGGACUGCUGUUUUACUGAUGAUGCAGGAAGCUAACCAGUAUUACUAUAUUAGAGAUGAAGAUACAAUUUUCUACAGAAGUGCUGAGCUUUUGUACAUUUAAUAAAAUACAAUUUUCAGAA